AUGGUAACGAAAUUCUAUCAGCACAUCCUGACUUUGGCAUUUGCUGUGAAGGAGAUCAAUGAAGAUCUGAACAUCUUGCCCAAUGUAACCCUUGGGUUCCACAUCUAUGAUAGCUACUACGAUGCGAGGAUGACCUACCGUACUACUCUGGGCCUACUCUUUAAGUCGCACAGAUUUGUUCCCAACUACAAAUGUGACAAUGAGAAAAACCUCAUAUCCAUUAUUGGAGGGUUUGGCUUUGAUACCUCUUUGCAUAUGGCGGACAUUAUUAGAUUCUAUAAGAUCCCACAGCUGCAUCCAUUUCUUCAAAGGAUUUCAUUUAAUAAUUCAGCUGGGGAAAGCGUGUCCUUCAAUGAGAGGUGGGAAACAGAAGGUGGCUUUGAUAUCAUGAACAUGGUCAUAUUCCCCAAUGCCUCCUUCCAAAGAGUGAAUGUUGGAAGAGUGGAUCCCAAAGCUGCUGAAGGAAAAGUAUUCACCAUUCAUGAUGACAUGAUUGAAUGGCACACUAGUUUCAACCAGGUGCUUCCUCUUUCGGUUUGUAAUGAACACUGCCAUCCUGGUUAUCGGAAGAAAAGCAAGGAAGGGGAAAAGUUUUGCUGCUAUGAUUGCAUUUCAUGUCCUGAAGGAAAGGUGUCAAACAUGCCAGAUAUGGAAGACUGUUUCAAAUGCCCAGAUGAAAGAUAUCCAAACGUGGGCCAAGCUGUCUGUAUUCACAAGACUAUAAGCUUUCUGUCCUACAAAGAACCUUUAGCAAUCAGUUUCCUGUUGGUUGCUGUCUCCUUUUCUCUGAUCACAAUCUUAAUCCUCAGAACUUUUAUUGAGCACAAAGAUACUCCAAUAGUCAAAGCAAACAACCGGGAUCUCACCUACGUUCUCCUCAUCUCCCUACUUCUCUGCUUCCUUUCUUCUUUGCUAUUCCUUGGACAACCUGGGAAAGUGACCUGCCUUCUCCGGCAACCAUCUUUUGGCAUCAUCUUCUCAUUGGCUGUUUCUUCUGUGUUGGCCAAAACCAUAACUGUGGUGGUGGCUUUCAUGGUCACGAGACCAGGGUCUAAUAUGAGGAAGUGGGUGGGGAAGAGCCUGGCCAACUCCAUUGUUGUUUCUUGCUCCCUUACUCAAGUAGGCAUUUGUGCUGUGUGGUUGGUGACCUCUUCUCCAUUCCCAGAUUUUGAUAUGCACACAAUGACCGCAGUGAUUAUAGCAGAGUGCAACGAAGGGUCCAUCACCUUGUUUUACUGUGCCCUGGGCUACAUGGGACUUCUGUCUCUAAUCAGCUUCAUGGUGGCUUUCCUAGCCAGGAAGUUGCCUGACACUUUUAAUGAAGCCAAGUUCAUCACCUUCAGUAUGUUGAUGUUUUGCAGUGUUUGGCUGUGUUUUGUCCCAACCUACCUGAGCACUAAGGGGAAAUAUAUGGUAGCUGUGGAGAUCUUCUCCAUCUUAGCCUCCAGUGCUGGGUUACUGGUUUGUAUUUUCUUCCCAAAGUUCUACCUUAUUGUGUUGAGGCCUGAAUUGAACAACUGGGAGCAACUGAGAAGAAUCCAUAGCUCCUCACUGAAUCUGAACUGA